GUCGGGCAAAAAUGGAACGCCGUAACGAGUAGAAGGUGUCGAUAAUACACUUGGGCCUGUGACGUCGGUGUGCGACAACCUACAAAAGCGCAAUGUGGACUUCAACGUGCACAUCGUCCCCCUCGUUAUCUCUUCCGCACCCUCCAUCUCCAUCCUCAACAUCCUCCAGAUCUCGCUUCUUCUUCCUCUGUCCAUUAACGUAAAGAAGAAAUAGACAUGGCCGCCGCUCAAGCUGCACCUAUCACUUUCUACACUGCGAAGGUUUGCCCCUUCGCCCAGCGGGUCGAGCUUGCGUUCGCAGAGGCUGGUGCACAGGUCAACAGGUAUUUUAUUGAUCUGCAAGCCAAACCCGACUGGUACGCUCCCAAAGUCAACCCCGCCUCCAAGGUUCCCGCAGUAGCUUAUGGCGGGCCCGUGGUUCCCGCCGAUCAGCCCUCUCCAGAGAGCACCAAGAUCGUUGAAUCUCUUGUCCUUCUCGAGUUCGUCGCCGACCUCUACCCCAACGCGCAGCUCCUCCCCUCCUCCCCUGUUGAUCGUUCCCGCGCGCGCUAUUUCAUCGAUGUCGUCUCUAACAAAGUCGUCCCGGGCUUCUUCUCGAUGAUCGUGAAAGCCGAGGGCCAUGAUGCGCUCCUCCGCGGGCUCGAGGAGAUCCAGUCGCUGCUCCCUUCUGAGGGCGGCUUCGCCGUUGGCGAGAAGUGGUCAAUCGCGGACGCGGCGCUCACGCCGUUCUUGGGUAGCGCGGAUUUGUUCUUGAGGAACGACAUGGGGAAGUACCCCGCGGGCGAGGGCCCGAAGGUGCACGCAGAGAUCUUCCGAGGGGCACGGUUCGCGCGUCUGCAGAAAUAUUUCGCGGACGUGACGGUGCGCGAGAGCUGGCAAAAGACGUUCUUCCCUGACCACAUCAUCGAGAAGGCGAGCAAGGCUCUCGCACGCCCGGCUCCCGAAGUCUAG